GCGGCUGCCCGCGGCUGGCGCGACGUCCCCGGCCCCAGCCACGGCGCGGGUGCAAGAGACCGGGCCAUGGCGGCACCGGCCCCGAGCCCCAUCCCUGGCGGCGGCGCGGCAUCAAGCCCCGGCGACGGCGACGCCCGGUGCCCACGCUCACGCUCCGUUGAUGGAAGGCUCGCUGUGCUCCCGACCUCAGCUCUCCUCGCUGUGCUCCCGCACUCGUCCGCGUGAUCCCCUCCCAUGUCGCGGCGCAGAUCUCCUCCUCGACGCGCAGAUCCGGCUGUCCUCGCCCCACUCUCCUCUCUCGCCGCAAUCCCUGCUCUCUCCCGCCCGGAUCACCGCCAUCCCAUCCGCGUCCGCGCUCUCCAGAAUCCCAUCCGCCUAGAUCCUAGCCUCCAUGGAAGGGGAGUCCUCUCGACCAGACUCCACGUCCGCAAUCCCAUCCGAAUCCCUCUCGAUCUGCGUCCGUGUUGUCCAUGGAAGGAGAAUCAGACACCCCAGCCUCCAUGGAAGGGAAGUCCUCUCGAUCUGCGUUGGCUGCCAGUGUCGACCGCAUCAUUGGCAACAUGUUACCCGAGGCUCCCUGUAAGAGUCUAGAUAGGCAUUGGAGAUCGCCAAGACCGACGGUUAGGUGCUUACCUAAUUGUUGUGCUUCUUUGACUACUCCUGUCUUGGUGGUGCUUAUGCCCCCGGAGCCAUCAUCUCAGAACCCAAGCAUGCAAAUAGCAGUUAUCCGCCAUGUGGUCUCUGGAAUAUUAUUACACAAUACCAUAUAUGAUGUUGUUCCCCUUUCUAGCAAGUUAACAGUUUUGGACACUCAGCUUCCUGUUAAACAAGCAUUUAAAAUAAUGCAUGAUGAGGGUCUUGCUCUGGUUCCUCUUUGGGAUGACCGCCAGGGAACCAUAACAGGCAUGCUCACGGCAUCAGAUUUUGUUUUAAUCUUGAGAAAGCUACAGAGAAACAUUCAAGUUAUUAGCAAUGAAGAGCCCAUUUUUGCUUGGAAAGAAGCAAAGCUACAGUUCUAUGGUGGGCCUGAUGGUGCUGCCAUGCAGAGAAGGCCAUUAAUCCAUGUCUAUCUGAAUGGGGAACAAGUAAUUACUGAUCAUAUGGCAUGACAUGAACCUUUAGAACGCAGGUGAACUGAAGAAGAGAACCAUAGAUAUGGGGAUAUUGUGCAUUGGUGUGCUAAAACGUUCUAGGCAGCAGAAAGCAAUAUCACGGGAGCAAGCAGCCAAAGAUCUGCAAGUAAGUACUUGGUUCAUACUUCAAAUGUGACAUCAUGGAAUCCUUUGAUUGGAUAUUUCUUUGUUUUGAGCUAUUGUCUUUUCGGUCUUUAAGAUACCCUUUCUGUGGCUUGUGCCUAAAUUUACUCACUGUUGCUCAGUUUCUUCUUCAGUAGUUCAAUUAUUCCUCUUUCAGUUACUGUGUCAUAAGAUUAUUCUUUUCCUGCAGCCCUGCUUGUUUUGCUUCCCCUGUAUAGUUCAUGCGGUGUAGCUCAUUAGAAAAUAGAAAUAUAAAAAUCUGGCUUACAAAAAUGGUGCCCCUCUUUAACCCAAAAUGAUCACCCAGUUCUGCAGUGUUUAUGCGUGUUGAAUUUAGAAUGCUAUGUUAUAAUUAUCCUGGGCCAUAUUGCAUCAAGUAUAAUAUGUGCUAAUAGGAGAACUAUAUUUGGUUUCUAAAAGAGAGUAUGCACAACCUGCAAGAACGAUAAUGGUGCCACAGACCAUUAUUAUUUUGUUGAUCAUAGCCAACAAAGUCCAUUGGAUAGAGUAUUGCCAAAACCGCUCCACUUAGUUUCGAGGUUCAGGGUGCAGCCUAUAAAUAGCACAUGCAUAUUUUUUGGGUCUGUAUAUUGUUACUGCCAGCUCAUCUUUCCUCAUUUUCUCAAUUCGUAUGGUGUUUCAGGAGUUGGAGAAACGGAGAGAAGAACUUGAGGCAUUGUUACUUGCUGAACGGUCGGAGUUGGUCUGAAGGCUGACCACCGUGAUCUAACAAUUUCUCUUCUGUUGUAGAUAAAUGCUUUCUUUCUUCUUUUUCUAAUGAUAGCAUACUGCUUGGUCAUGGCCCUGAGUCAUUCAUCCAGAAGUCACUUGAUUGAAGUGUAUCUUCUUUAGUUUCUGUGAGUAUGGAUCCUUUGUUAUGUUUAUACCAAGUUAACAGAUUCUAAAUUGUCUCUACUCUACAUAUUGAUGUGGCUUUGCAUUCGCGAGAUUCUAAACUUAUUAUCUCUAUUCUACAUGUUGAUGUUGCUUUGCAGUCACUUGUGUCUCACAUUUGACGUUUUGUGUUAUAGUGACAUUUUGCAUCGGAUCCACUUUUCUUAAUUAUUACCGAUACAGAAUCGCAUAUGUUUCUGUUGUUAACACCAUGCUUUUUACGGACAGAGAUUGCAGCUUCCCUCUUGGUUUCAGCUGAACUGUGGGCUUCUUGGUUUCAGAGCAUUGUAUUGAUUCAUCGUCUAGGGCUGUAAGAUUGCAGCAUGAGUUUGAUGUAGCACCCUGACCUGUGUCGUCUAAUCCUGUCGUGUAUGCAUAAAUGCAUUGCUGAAUAACUCACCUAAUUUUUGCACUUAAUGUCUCUUCUGAUGUGGUAACUCAGUCCUUGAGCCAUAAUUAUGAUUAUGUUUUCCUGUAUACUCCCUCUGUCCAAAAUUAAAAUUCAUUUUAGUUAAUUACUAGGUUCAUACAAUACUUAAAGUAUGUGUUUUAUAUAUAUUUAUUUAGGUUCAUCUUCAUUCAUUUGAAUAUGGACAUAAAAAACAAGAGCUAAAAUGACUACUAUUUUGAGACAGAGGAAGUAUGUUUUACCCAAUGAUUACUGGGUGCUACAAUUGUUCCCAUUUUCUUUUAAGAGGAACAUUGCUGAAAUGAAUAACAUGUCAAAAUUCUUUAUUUUCUUAUAGAAGGUUCUUCUAUUGGACCAUUUCCAAUGCUGAUGAUUACAUGGGUUAUAUUGUUGUGCAUAUUAGUGUGGAACAAAUAAAUAAUCCUUGGAUUAACAUUCAAUUAGCUAGCUUCCUUCUGGAUGCCAAAAUGGCGAAAAGCUAUUAUUAGAGAUUUCACACCUUUAGUAAAUUAUAAAAUUGUCUAUAUGUUUAUCCAUUUUUAUUAGCUUUCUCGAAGUUCAUGUUAUUGGUUACAUGUUAUUGGUUACUGUAUGUAGAGAGGGGAAGAGCUGCUUGCGUACUGGUGGAGAGAGGAUCAUUGGUUGAAAGCGAUGUUUCUACAUAUGAGGUCUGUAAUUAAGGUUGAGGAAGAGUUGGUUGGGGUUCCUAUGAAAGGUGGACUAUAUGAGGUCUGUAAUUACUUUUUUGUUAUGCUCUAUCAUUACUUGAAUGAAUCAUGUAUGUAUCACUGGUAAGAAACUUCAGCUCAUACUUGAUGGGUGAUGGGGAAACACUUUUGGGAAUUCUAA